AGGACCGACCGAGUGAUUUUUCUUCCGUGCCACAAUCACGCGCAGUGAUCCACUCCGGACAUUCGGCUUUACUCUGGUCCAUUCUUGCUGCAAGGAGGAGCGAUCGUCCAGCUGCAUCUAAGGAACGGGCAAACACAGCACUUUAACCGGUCUUCCGUACUUAGCGCCUGUCAACCUGCAGAAUCCCUUCGGAAACAUAAACGGUUUUUGGGGUUUUAAUGGUCAGCUGUUUCACGAGUAGGCUAGCUCUUGUCGGAAACCGUUUCAGACCUGACUGAAACAGUGAAAAGACCACCAGAUUUCUUCCUGUGUCCAGCCAGAAGACAUGCUUAACACUACAUUUCUGGUGAGCAGGUGAGCGCCGCGGAGCGGGUAAUGCUUCUCGUCCCCGGGGCCCGGAGCCGCUGACGGUCCCGACGGGAAGCCGAUGGCGCACGCCCACCAGAGGGGCCUCCAGGGCCGCGGCCUCAGCGCUGAGGAGCGGAGCGCCACGCCCUCCCACAGGAGGGCCUCCUCCUCCUCCUCCCAGCGGGACGUCCGGCCGGAGGUAGACAGCUGGGAAAUCAUCGAGGGGCUGAAAAUUGGGCAGACCAGCAUCCAGAGGCCGGACAAAAACGAGGGCUUCAUGCUGAAGAAGAGAAAAUGGCCGCUCAAAGGCUGGCACAAGCGCUUUUUCGUUCUGGAUAAUGGGAUUCUGAAGUACUCCAAGUCUCCCGUCGACAUUCAGAGGGGGAAGAUGCACGGCAGCAUCGACGUGGGCCUGUCAGUGAUGUCCAUAAAGAAGCGGACCCGUCGGAUCGACCUGGACACCGAGGAGCACAUCUAUCACCUGAAGGUGAAGUCUCAGGAGGUCUUUGACGCCUGGGUGUGCAAGCUGCGACAUCAUCGGCUUUAUCGUCAGAACGAGAUCGUGCGGUCUCCCCGGGACGCCACGCUCCGAGCGUUCCCCCCCCCGGCCAGCGCGGAGCCCCCCCAGCCACCGCCCCCCAGCACCGCCGUCACAGGGCCUCAGACUGUGCCCAGCAGCCUGCCCAGACAGACCUUCCGGCCCGGUGCCAGUCUGCCCGCUUCCUACAGCAGCGGGCAGCGGAAGGUGGCCACCUGGCUGCUGGAGUCCCAGGAGAUGGACAGGUGUGCGGAAGAACUCACACGCUGCCAGUCCAACCUGACCGAGCUGAACCAGCUGCUGCAGAGCCUGGAGAUCAUGCAGAGGACACAGUCUGCCCCCAACUUUGCAGACAUGCAGGCUAAUUGUGUAGACAUGUCAAAGAAAGACAAGCGCAUGAGCAGAAGAUGGAGAACAAAAAGUGUCAGCAAAGACGCAAAAAUGCACCUUCAGGUGUUCUGUUCAUGCAAACACUUGAGAAGUGUUAAAGUCCCUCUGAGCGCCACCCUGUCGCCACGGAGACACUCAUCCAACCCGAAUCUGUGCGGGGACGCGGUGGACUUCCAGACCCCUGUCGCGCGUCUGGGGGACUCCCUAGAGGGCGCUACAGACUACAUGAAGCUGCAGGAAGAGUUCAGCGUCAUCGCUCACAAAGUUCACUCUCUGCUCAAGUCGGCCUUCAACACAGUCGCUAUAGAGAAGGAGAAGCUGUCGCAGCUGCUGUCCGAACAGGAGCAAGCAGGCCAGGCCUCGCACAUCCUGGCGCUAAGACGGUCUCUCUCUCAGGCUUUGACUCAGAACGCGGAGCUGAGAAGCCGGCUGAACCGGAUCCACUCCGAGUCGGGCCUGUCUGAGCAAACGAUCAGCGUCAGUGUCAUCCCCAGCGCCGGCGAGGCCUGCGAUGAUGCGCAUGUAGGAAUCCCCCUGUCCCAGCAGGUCUCCAAUGAGAGCCGGCUGUCCAUGUCAGAGUCCGUGUCCGAAUUCUUCGAUGCGCAGGAAGUGCUUCUGUCAGCCAGUUCAUCAGAGAACGAGGAACUCCCGUCUCCCAGAGCUCUCAGGCCUUUCUCCCGUCUCCUCCAGGGGUCCGAUGACGAGUCCUACGUCAGCGACGUGAGCGAUUUCUCCGAGGACAACGCCAGCGUCGCCGACAAUAUUUCCAGGCAAAUGGCCAAUGGCGAGCUGACGGGAGGGGCCUUUCGAAACGGGCGGCGCACGGGCCUGCCCGCCCCCUCCCCCGACACCGGCAGCAUCAACCUGUGGAACAUCCUGCGGAGGAACAUCGGGAAGGACCUGUCCAAAGUGGCCCUGCCUGUGGAGCUCAACGAGCCCCUCAACACCCUGCAGCGCCUGUGCGAGGAGCUGGAGUACGCCGAGCUGCUGGACAAGGCCGCCGAGACCGACGACCCCUACGAGCGCAUGGUGACUGUUGCUGCUUUUGCAGUAUCCGGAUAUUCGUCCACCUACUACAGAGCUGGAAGCAAGCCAUUCAACCCCCUGCUUGGAGAGACAUAUGAAUGUAUACGAGAAGACAAGGGACUAUGCUAUUAUUCUGAGCAGGUGAGCCACCAUCCCCCCAUCUCGGCAUGUCACUGUGAGUCCAAGAAGUUCACCUUCUGGCAAGAUAUCAGGUGGAAGAACAAAUUCUGGGGCAAAUCCAUGGAAAUCUUACCCAUUGGGACGGUCAACGUCAUGCUUCCAAAGUAUGGCGACCUCUACGAGUGGAACAAGGUCACUACCUGUGUACACAACAUUCUGAGUGGGAGACGGUGGGUGGAGCACUAUGGAGAAAUCACCAUUAGGAACAGCAGAAGCGCCACCUGUGUCUGCAAACUCACCUUUGUCAAGGGGAACUACUGGAGCUCCAAUGUGAACGAGGUCCACGGCGUGGUGCUGGACCAGGAGGGGCGGACCGUGCACCGCCUGUUUGGGAAGUGGCACGAAGGCCUGUACUGUGGUGUCCCGCCAUCCGCCCGAUGUGUCUGGAGGCCAGGCUCCAUGCCCCCCGGCUGUGAGCUGUACUACGGUUUCACCCGCUUCGCCAUCGAGCUCAAUGAGCUCUGCCCGGAAAUAAAAGACCUGCUGCCGCCCACCGACGCCCGCUUCCGACCUGACCAGAGGUAUCUGGAGGAGGGGCAGGUGGAGCUGGCAGCCUCAGAGAAGCAGCGCAUUGAGGACCUGCAGAGGACCAGGAGGAAGUGCAUGGAGGAGAACGGCGUGAAGCACCAGCCGCGCUUCUUCAGGAAAGUCAUAGACUCCAGUCAGAGAGAGAGAUGGGUCUCCAACAACACCUACUGGGAGCUGCGCAAAUCCCCCGGCUUUAACAAACUGGAAAACCCUGCGCUGUGGUAGCAUUCGGAAGUCUGUGCUCCACGCACCGUCGCUUCUGACAGAGAAGCUUCUCCCCGCGCACAGCUGUUUUAAAGCUUCUGACUCUACUCAGACACGCAGAAGGGUGGGCAGGGGCUGUGGGAUUCGGAGGGAAAACACUGUUAGAGCAGGGGUUGUGGGGGAAGGAAGGGAAAUCACAGCUAGGGCAGGGGCUGUGGGAUUUGAAGGGAACUCACAGCUAGGGUGGGGGCUGUGGGAUACUGGGGUAAAUCACUACUAAGGCAGGGGUUGUAUGAUUUGGAGGGCAAUUACCCCUAGGGCAGGGGCUGUGGGAUUCAGGGGAAAAUCACCGCUUGGACAGGGGCUGUGUGGUUUGAAGGGAAAUCACAGCUAGGCCAGGGGCUGUGGGAUUCAGGGGGAAAUCACCGCUACGGCAGGGGCUGUGGGGAUAGGAAGGGAAAUCACUGCUAGGUCAGGGGCUGUGGGAUUCAGAGGGAAAUCACGCAAGGACAGGGGCUGUGGGAUUCAGAGGGAAAUCACUACUAGGUAAGGGGUUGUGGGAUAUGGAGGGAAAUCACCACUCGGGCCAGGGCUGUGGGAUUCAGAGAGGAAUCACCACUAGGGCCAGGGCUGUUUGAUUCAGAGAAAAAUCACUACUAGGACAGAGGCUGUGGGAUUCAGGGAGAAAUCACUAUUAGGACAGGGGCUGUGGGAUUCCGAUGGAAAUCACCGCUGGCAUCUGUGGAACACUGCAGCAGAACCUGCGCAUCUCCCCGCCCGCGGAGCUACCAGGGAUGCGGUUGUCAGGGAAACGGUGUACCCUGCGGAUCUGCGAUCAGCUGUUCCGGCUGCAGAGCAUGACUUUGCCUUAAAGUGAAACUGCUUUUUAGAACACUUACAAUAUGGCUCACACGCAGUUUAGUGAAACUCCACUCCACCUCUCCAAGCAAUAGGGCAGGGCCAUUAGGCACCAGCACAUACAGGCAUUUCAUGCAUUUUUGUAGAGUGGCUUGUUAUUGGUUAGGCUAUGCUGACUUCAAACAGUGCACAGCGGAGUAUUAUCAUAUUCAAGAAAAUAACAUUUUAGUGAAAUAUCUUAAGCCAUUAGUUUAUCAUGUUUAGGUGAUGAAGUGUUCAACAAAGCCAUUCUGGACAAAUCUGACCCAGAGACUGCGCAGUACGGAAAAAGGGGCCCCUUAUAUGGUCAUAAAUCCGGGCUGGGUCCGGCUAAUCCAGAAAGAGUGUCAGAUAUGCCCCCCCCCCCCCCCCAACCCUUGAGUGAUGAGCAGUGACUAGGCAGUGACGCCAAUUGUCCCUGAUUGGUCCACAGAAUAUUAAAAUAUUGUCCAAAUGACACAGUAACUUGGCAAAAGGGGAGACUUUAGAUGAAGAAAAAACAUGUAUUGCAACUACAUGUUCCUGUUGGAAAAAAUGAUUGCCUUUGUAUUUUGACCACAUUGUUACCAUUGACGGCUGUAAUCUGCGUGUUAACUUUAAGGGAAGGGGUUGAAAAAAGGAAUGUUCUGAAAAAAAAGAAUGUAAAAGGAAUGUUCUGUGAAAAAAAUAAUAGAAAUAAGAAUGUUGAGUGUUUGGCAUUUCCCUGCUUUUCUUUGUCUGUUAUAAGCUCUACUGAUGUGAGGAUAACUGCACAGCAUCACAUUUAAUUUGGGGUGAAACAGGCCCCAGUCUCACCUCUAUGAGUUUAAUUUGGGGUAAAACAGGCCCCAGUCUCACCCCUUUUGAGUUUAAUUUGGAGUGAAACAGGUCUACGUUCUGCUUCUGCUUAACUUACUUCAGGUCUCUUUCGCUUCUAGAGUCUUCUAGUGCUGUUAACAUUACAUAAGAGCCACGGUGAACAUACAGAAGUGACUACUGAGUAUUACAGGCCACAAUGUGUCAAAUAACUGACGAAAUUCCUCACUGAUUUAACAUUACCUUUACUUUGUAUGCUAGCGUUUUUCUUUUUUAUAAGGUGAACCGUCGUCAGGCAGGUCUUUAAUCUCUGCAUUAUUUAAACUGGCUGUGACUUUAGACUUUCCCUGUUUCAGACAGAGCAGCACGGCCCGUGUGCUUCAGAGCUGCGUGUGCACCACGUUAGCACAUCCGCCAAGCCCUCCGAGUAUCAGGGACCGAAGCUUAAUUCGUCAACCGCAGGAGGAUCAAUAAUGUGAUUGGUCAGAUCAUGCUGCGUUUCAUUUUCACUGUUUAUCUCAGUUUUAUAAUGGAAAUUUACUGUUUUUACACUGGAGGUCUCGAUCAUGGCAGUGGCGGGGAGUUUACAAGUUAAAUGCGCAGUCUGAGCAACGAUUGCAAACUUGAUAACAUUCAUUUGAUAAUCGCCCCAACAAUAGUUCACAGAAAAGGAUUGGUGUGUGCAUGAAUAGUGUGUAAUUAAUAAGAGCUUUAUCAUUGCUAUAUAUAUAUAUAUAUAUAUAUUUCUUUUUAUUCCUUUAUUGUUCAAAACUCUGAUACCCCAGCAGUGAUUUCUGUGCCUUAAUUUCUGCUUGCACAGUAUAGACAGAUUUUAAUACGCCUUAACAGCUAAAUUCAGCAGGUUUGUACUCCAAGAUGACAGCUUUCAGAAGCUCCUAAUAGGACAGGACUGGGACAUGACUGGUCCGGCUUGCAGUUAGGUGGCUAAAACAAUUGUAACCUGAUCUGACACUGAAAAUACACAACCAUCUCCUCCCUGUUGUCCUGAUCAUUUUCACUGUAGUGCUGAAACAUUACAGAAUUCUAGCGCAGUGCCAUGAAUCUACUGACUACGCACACCACACAAAAACAGCCUCGUUUCAACUGUCGAGUUUUGCAAAGAUCAAAGAAAAACAUUUACUUUUUAUUUUAAACAGGCCGGAGAGGUUUUUAAAUUUUCGCUAUGAUGAGAUGAGACACUGUGCAAUACUGGUACAGAGCUUAAUGCUUCUCCCUUUCGCAACUGUGGCUUUCCAGCAGAAGUCCUCCAUAGGCCUCCUGUACAAUCUACAAACCAGGGCUAAGACUCUAUGACCCUGUGGUCACUGCCCCUGGAACUGUCCUCUGCUGAUGCAGAUUUACAUUUUCAAACAUGUUCCAUAAUGUCACACAAGAUCAGUUUAUGAACUUAUGAAAACGAAAUUGGAUUUAAGAGAAUACACACGGGCAUUUUGAAAGAUUGUGACAGGCUUUUGAUCUUGAAGACGACAUAUCGUGUUCCGUGAUGGGAGAUGGCAGUGGUUUGGGUUUGCUCUCCGUGUGUGUGACUGGGCUUGGUGCAGUAACGCCUAGGGAGCGUAAACUGCAUUAGCCUACCUUGCGGGGACCUACAACGCCCGCAGCGUUUACACUUGUGAGCUGUAAACACGAUUCAGUUCUCAUUUCAGAGAAGAGCACGGGUUUGAAAAGUUCAAAGUUCCGGUGUCACAUUUCAUGGUGCGUUAAAUGCAUGUGCUCAGGACACGGACUGAACGUUAAAUGACGUACAAAGGCUUUUUUUUUUGUUAUUUUGCUUUAAUCUGACUGACUGCUGUGUUGGGCCGUCAGCUUCUCUGAAUCCAUUUUCAACCGGGUUUCUUCUGAAGUAUUAUUAUCGAAGUACAGUUACACAUUUACAUAUUUCCGUUAACACUGCACUGCUGCUGUAUACUGCUUGUUCUAAUAAAAACAAAAACAAAAUGGUCUGGUGGACUUAAUGCUUUUUCUGGAAUGAAACUAAAGUGACUAAAUAAAAACAUCUCUUUUAGACUUCAAAGGUUUCUCUGCGUGGUUCUGCACACCUAAAAUCCAGAAAUGUUUGUGUUUGCAGUUUGUGAAUGCGUAUUAUUUCACUGAAAAUGUGUGAAUAGUUAUAACGUUCAUUACAUUUGGGCUUUGUGUUACGCACAGUCCUGUUCACCUGUGAACUUUAACUCAAAUAGCUAGUUUCAUAUUCUGAGCACAUUCACAGCAUUCUGUUCUCUGAUUACUAAAAAUCACGUCUGAUGAAAUUAAUCAAACGAGAGAGCGAUUAAUAAAUCAAAGCAGGACUCAGAUAAUUGAAAUACUCCUUUAUUUCAGUAACAAACAUAUAAACACAACAAAUGUAAAAUGAUCUUGAAAGAAAAAUAAGCCAUUUGUAAAUAAACUAACUUAUUUCAACAUUACUGCUUUUCGGUCAGAUUUGAAGCUUUCUGUGGUGACAUUUUAUGCUCGGUCUGCGAGAAUAUUUCGAAAAAUAUUCUGUUGUGCCCUGAUGUGUUCAAAAAAAUUUUUUUUGUAACUUAGUUCCGACUAAAUUACACCUUUGUCAGAUUCACAUUUUUAAGGUAAAGUGCUUUCUUAACGGUAUGUGAGACUUCAAAUCUUACAGAAGAAAUAUGUUUUUUCCAAUGUUAGAACAAAAAUAAAACUACAGACAACCAACAGAAAACUACUGAACUUUGAUUGUGGAAAAUUGUUGAUAUUAAUCUGGACAACUCUUUUCCAUGUAAUGUUAAGAGCAGUAUACUAUCAAUAUUUAAAAAAAAACAAAAAAAACUGCCAAUUUAAAACAGGAUAAUCAGUUUACCCAAUAUGGGUAACAGCAUAUAUUCUACAGCUCAAAUAUUCCAGCAACAUAUAUACAAACCCAGCAUUUAGAAUUGAAACUGAAUGGCAAAUCAGAUUAAGAAAUCCCAAAGCAGCUGCUUUUAAUUUAAUACCAUGCUACCGCUAAAGGCUAAUGAAAAAUAUGCAAUACAAAUUAUCUCAAGAAAUAUAUUUUCGACAUAAAAAGUUACACACACAAUACAUCUGUAAAAAAAAAAAAAAAGCAAAAAAAAAAAUAAUUCACUUCACCAAUAUAUUUCACCAAACUAAACAAGCCGCAUUCCAAAGCAAUUCUGCCUGGUGUGUGUGAAAAGUUCAAAUUCUGAUAAAAAGCAAAAAAAAAAAAAAGAAAAAAGAAUGGGAGUCAAUGGGUGAGUGAAUGCCAAAUUAAUGUAAAUUAAAUAAAAUCUACAGUGCCUACAAUCAGGAUUUAGCCAAAUGGACCUGGCCCCUAACAUCACACAACAACCUGCUAAGUUCCACCUACUUCAUGUACCUUUCAGCAAAACGUAUUUAGCGUGUGCGCAACAAAACUUCAUAACCGGUCAAGUGCAUUUUAUUUCCAGCUUGGAAAACUAGCCGACAGAUCUUUGUCAAACUUGAGGCACUUGAAGAAAAAAAAGGUCCCGUGACAACUUUAGCCAGUUCAACCCACACACGGCUGGGAAAUCGUACUUCUCAAAAUCAAAUUUAACAGAAACCGCGUGCAGCCACUGCGCCUGUACGACAGAUGCGCCAUUUUGUGGUGAGCUGUUCUUCUCUGAUAGUGCCGAUCAUAUUCCUUCGCUAGGGAAGCGCUGACCGUAAACGGCCCCACACUCCUCAUCAUUCACACGGAAUGUUACACUUACUGGCAAACUUUCUGAGACUGCCACAGUUUAAAAUAGUUCAGUUUUACUUUCCUAAUUUUAUUUUUUCUCUUAAUGCAAAUGGAUGUAGGCCCAGAGGAGGACUUUCAAUUGUGAAAACAACAUAGGGUGACCUGGGAGUGGGAUAAGUCUGCCUGCCAGGACCAAAAUAUAUCCAUUGUUGUCUGAAUGAGUAAAAGUUGCAAUAAUAUUAAUAUUUGAACAGCCAACUGUGUCUAAAUCCUGGAAAUCCCCAGUGUCAACAGCAGUUUCCCGCUGCUGGGAGAGCACUGGGGAGCUCUGGUGGACUCCUACUCUGAGCUCUGAAAGGUUUGAUUGGGUUUAACCUGACUCAGCUCUAUGAUAACUGAAAAUUGCGAUUUAAUGUUGUUAAUAAUGAAAAAACAAAGUUUUAGAAAUAAUAAGGCACACGCAUUAUGUACUGUGUCUGUUCUGAGCUGUGCCUCUGUGUAUGCGUCUAUCUGCUUGUAUUUUCAAUAUAUAAUCUGUUGCAACCACUCUUCUGUUUGUUAAGCCCCUGCCAGCUCCCUUUAGAGAGAGGCAGCAGUACAUCCCGCUCCUCUUAUCACCAAGGCCAAAUUUCAUACCAGCAGGCUAGAGUCUGCAUGACCCACACAGCCUAGGCUAACAACGCGGGAGUGGAAAAGUACUAGUGUGAAGGAACAAAGGAGUGUUUGCCCCUUAGAAAGUGUAUAAAUCAAACACAGACAGAAGCUUAUUCGAGAUUCGCUUCCCGAGCUCCUGCAAGAGCUCUUCAACUGUCUGCAAUCUGCAGAUAUAAUAAAAGGCUUGAAGCUUGACACAGUCUCAGUCUCUCUUCCUUAGAUUAAUAAACCGUCUUGAUUUUCCACAAAAUUAUCAGAAGUGUACUUCUUGUGAAAGAAAUGUGCUAUUUGCUGGUGGUGUAUUUGUGGGAGUACAAAGAAAUAGCAAAGUUAUUCUGCCCUUAAUUAAACGUUAAAUACCCGUGUAAUUAUAAUGUGCCUUUGGAGCUUGGCCUAGCACCAAUGCAGGGUCCCAGUACCGCACCUCAAGCCCGGUCUGGAUGGGGUUAGUUUCACCAGUGGUGGUCAGGUGCUGUCAUUUCUACCAGCGUAAUUCAGUCAUUUUAUUCACGUGCGGAACGACAAUAUCAAUGAUUUUUACCAGGCACGCAAAUAACAGUUCCAGCUGAAAAACCUCCAAGGUCCUCCGAUAAUUCUACUGCCGUCCGGAUCAACGUGUCAUUAUUUGAUGCAAAUUACAACUAUUUUGGGCAGCACAUUUUUAUAAUGCUCUCCCAUUUUCGGCUUUGUGUAUUUCAUAUGUUUCAUAUAUUUUUUCCAUACAUUGUUCGUCUUAGAAAUAGAAUAUAAAAAAGUUGUACAACGUUA